AUGUCUCCCCCCGCUGCCUUGCUCGAGUCCCCCGUGGCCCCUACCGCCGGUCUCAAGGGAAAGGUCAUCGUUCCCGAGAUCGCUCCCAUGAUGGGAGGAGACUCGCAGACCAAGCUGCUCGACCACUUCGGCGGCAAGUGGGAUGACUUCAAGUUCGAACCGAUCCGUGAGAGUCAGGUGUCUCGCGCCAUGACCCGACGCUACUUCCAGGAUCUGGACAAGUACGCCGAGAGUGACAUUGUCAUCGUCGGCGCUGGCUCCUGUGGUCUGAGCACCGCGUACGUGCUGGCGAACGCGCGCCCUGAUUUGAAGAUUGCCAUUAUUGAGGCCAAUGUUUCUCCUGGUGGUGGUGCUUGGCUGGGUGGCCAGCUCUUCUCUGCGAUGGUCAUGCGUCGUCCCGCGGAGGUCUUUUUGAACGCACUGGGCGUGCCGUACGAGGAAGACCCGUCGAACCCCAGCUACGUCGUUGUGAAACAUGCGUCUUUGUUCACCUCGACCUUGCUGUCCAAGGUCCUCUCCUUCCCCAACGUCAAGCUCUUCAAUGCCACCAGCGUGGAGGACUUGGUGACUCGUCCCUCCCCCAACGGAGACCCCAAGGAGACGCGCAUCGCGGGUGUAGUCACCAACUGGACGCUGGUGACUCUGCACCACGAUGACCACUCCUGCAUGGACCCCAACACCAUCAACGCGCCUCUCGUGAUCAGCACCACUGGACACGAUGGCCCGUUCGGCGCCUUCUCAGCCAAGCGCUUGGUCUCGAUGGCGACCGUUGACAAGCUGGGCGGCAUGCGGGGUCUGGACAUGAACUCCGCCGAGGAUGCUAUCGUCAAGAACACCCGGGAGGUCACCAAGGGCCUGAUCAUCGGCGGCAUGGAGCUGUCGGAGAUCGACGGCUUCAACCGCAUGGGCCCGACCUUUGGUGCGAUGGUGCUCAGCGGUGUCAAGGCGGCCGAGGAGGCCCUCAAGGUCUUUGACGAGCGUCAGCGUGAGUGUGCCGAGUAA